CGCGACCCGGGCUCUGUCCGCGGUGCUGAGCGCCCGCCCGGGCGCAUGGGUCAGGUGCGCCAUGGGGAACCGCAGCGCCGCGGACGCGGAUGGGCUGCUGCAGGGGCGCGGGCCGGGAGCGGGCGGCGGCGCGGGGACCCCCGGGGCGGCGGCGGCGCUGGCGGGGGGCGUGCUGCUCAUCGGCGCGGUGCUCGCGGGGAACGCGCUGGUGUGCGUGAGCGUGGCGGCCGAGCGCGCCCUGCAGACGCCCACCAACUACUUCAUCGUGAGCCUGGCAGCCGCCGACCUGCUGCUCGCCCUGCUAGUGCUGCCGCUCUUCGUCUACUCCGAGGUCCAGGGCGGCGUGUGGCUGUUCAGUCCCGGCCUCUGCGACGCGCUCAUGGCGAUGGACGUCAUGCUGUGCACCGCCUCCAUCUUCAACCUGUGCGCCAUCAGCGUGGACAGGUUCGUGGCCGUGGCCGUGCCGCUGAGCUACAACCGCCAGGGCGCCGGGGGGCGUCAGCUGCUGCUCAUCGGCGCCACGUGGCUGCUGUCGGCGGCGGUGGCGGCGCCCGUGCUGUGCGGCCUCAACGACCCGCGCGGCCGCGACCCCGCCGUGUGCCGCCUGGAGAACCGCGACUACGUGGUCUACUCGUCCGUGUGCUCCUUCUUCCUGCCCUGCCCGCUCAUGCUGCUGCUCUACUGGGCCACGUUCCGGGGCCUGCGGCGCUGGGAGGCGGCUCGCCAGGCCAAGCUGCACUGCCGGGCGCCUCGUCGGCCCAGCGGCCCCGGCCCACCGCCCCCCGAGGCCGUCGCGCCCCCCGACGCCGUCCCAGCCGAGCCCCCGCGGCAGGCACCCAGGAGGAGGCGCGCCAAGAUCACCGGCCGGGAGCGCAAGGCCAUGAGGGUCCUGCCGGUGGUGGUCGGGGCCUUCCUGGUGUGCUGGACUCCCUUCUUUGUGGUGCACAUCACCCGGGCACUGUGUCCUACCUGCGCCGUGCCCCCGCGGCUGGUCAGCGCGGUCACCUGGCUGGGCUACGUCAACAGCGCCCUCAACCCCGUCAUCUACACCGUCUUCAACGCCGAGUUCCGCACCGUCUUCCGCAAGGCCCUGCGCCUCUGCUGCUGGGCGGAUCCCUCCGCGUGCGCCCACUGCGUCCUCUGCGAGGACCUGGGCCCGGGAGGACCCGGCCAUGCCUCCGGGGGCAGGACCCCAGUAAGGGAGGGGGUUUUGUACGACUAAGAUUAAACAAAUUCCUUCCUAAA